AUGGCCUUAUACCAUUUAAUACUCUGGGUCCACCUUCAAGACUCUGGGCUGUGGAUCAACCGAGCCACCACUCCUCUUCCAAGAAUCAUUUUGACAGGUACUUUUGGAGGUGCUUCUUCUCUCUCUUUUUUUAACCCAACCUUUUAAACAAAAUGGCACCAAAGAAAGACGUGAAGAAGCCUGCUGCAGCUCCUGCCCCGGCCCCUGCCCCCGCACCUGCACCCGCCCCACCCAAAGAAGAAAAAAUUGACCUCUCUGCCAUUAAGAUCGAGUUCUCUAAGGAACAGCAGGAAGACUUCAAGGAGGCAUUUCUACUGUUUGACAGAACGGGUGAAUGCAAGAUCACCUUAAGCCAGGUUGGGGAUGUUCUUCGGGCUCUGGGCACAAAUCCCACCAAUGCAGAGGUCAAGAAGGUUCUGGGAAACCCCUCCAAUGAAGAGAUGAAUGCCAAGAAAAUCGAGUUUGAACAGUUUCUUCCCAUGAUGCAAGCUAUUUCCAACAACAAGGACCAGGGCACUUAUGAAGACUUUGUUGAGGGUCUGCGUGUCUUUGACAAGGAAGGCAAUGGCACAGUCAUGGGUGCUGAGCUCCGUCACGUUCUAGCCACACUAGGUGAAAAGAUGAAAGAGGAAGAAGUGGAAACACUAUUGGCAGGUCAAGAAGACUCCAAUGGCUGCAUCAACUAUGAAGCCUUUGUCAAGCACAUCAUGUCCAUCUGAACGGAGCUCUCAAGAUCAAGCAUUGUUUAGGAAGACUGGCCGGAAACUUACUUUAUAACACCCAUGUCCAGAUCUGUUUGCCAUCACUCAGAAAAACAGAACGGUGGACUAUUCUAGACCGAGGGACUCCUGAAUCUUUUUAUAGCUUACGUUUCUCCCUAAGUCCUGCUCGCACCAUACAAACCAACUGUCUCCUGUUCUAGACAAGGAUAAGAUGCCGACAACCCCAAACCCAGGCACCACUUUCUAUUGUCUACCAUGGGUCAGUGAACACCCGUAAAUUAAUAAAUCAAUAAAUCAUUUUGGUCAGUCUGUAAUAUUCAA